UCUCAGCUUUAUCGACCAGUCGGCGGCGCUGUUGCAACCGGCAACCGCCGCCGCCGCCGCCGCGUGCCCCGCCACCUCGCUCCCACCCACACGCCGGCAGCGUACGACUACCCGGCACAUUCUUUCCCUUUUUCACGUACACGUUCGUAUACUUACGUAUACGCGCGCACGCAUCUCGCUCGCUCUCUCUCACUCGCUCGUCGUGUUCGCGGAACGGGAUCUUUCACGUUCAUAGCCCCUACCCGUUGUCCAUUCCUUCUCUCUCUCACCCGGUGUCUCGCUCUCUGGCCACCGUCUCUUGCUUACACUCUCGCUCCGUCACUCACGCUCUCUCACUCGUUCUCUCUCUCUCUCUCUCGUUCCAUCUUCCUGGUCGUCACCGCCACCGCUGCCUAUUCCGCCGUCCCUUUUCGCACGCGGGCAACAGGUUAAAACGUGCACGGACUCGCGCACGGCAGCAGCCGCGGCCGCUCGCAUGGUUUCCAGACGAUCGGGGCUCUUGUUCGCGACCACCAUCGUCAGAAAUAUGUCCGUGUUCGCCGGCCACGUGGACAAACAUAGAGGCGUCGUCAUCAGGUCCACGGCGGAAGAACAGGACCCAGCGGCGGAAUUUGGUCCCAAGCUCGAGAGAUCUCUAAUUAAAUGGUCGGCGGAUGAACAGGUGCAUUUGGUGUGGUUCCGGAUAGCUCGACAGCAUGCACAUUGGAUCGCAGAAUUGGCCAAAAACAAUUUCCUGUUUCACAGAACAUCACCGGACGGUAACGAACUGUGGAUGUACAAACGUCUAAGGGGCGAAAACACAACAGUAGAUUCCCCUCAUACUUACACGGGUGCAGGAGGUCUAGUGAUACGCGACGAUCAUUUGUUAGUCGUCAAAGAGCAUAACAUUCCAUUUUGGAAAUUGCCCGGAGGUUAUGUAAAUCCUGGAGAAAAUAUUGGUGACGCUGCUAUUAGAGAAGUAUUUGAAGAGACAGGCAUCAGAGCUGAAUUCGUGUCUUUAGUUGCUUUUAGGCACGUUUUGAAUGGGAGUUUCGAUUGUGACGAUAUGUAUUUCGUCACAAACUUGCGACCGUUAACAUUCGACAUUGUGAUUGAUAAAGAGAUAUUAGACGCUAAAUGGAUGAAGUUAGAAGAUUUCAUAACAAGUCCAGAUGUUGGCGAACAUAGUCGUUUUUUUGUUAAAAAGUUUUUAGACAAUGCAAAAAUGGGUAUCUUGUUGAAACAAAGUAAAAUGAUUCAUCAACUGACCAAAAAAGAAUUUAUCAAUUACAUACCAUGCGCAAUAAAUUCUACUACGGAUAUUUAAGUACAUUUAUGAAAACAUAUUUACAACUAUCCAUAGAUAUUUUUUUGCACUUUUGUAUGUAAACCUAUUAUUAAGCUAGUCCUGUUCUGAAAAUAAUAUACGAAACAUAUCGUGUAUCAUGUGGGUAUUUCAUAUUGUUCGAUGUAUAGCUGUACUAUUUUGUUUUUUGGUGUAAAUAAAAUAUUUCAUUGACAAUAAAAAUGGUUAAUUGUAAUUUAAA